AGCUCAAUACAGGGACCUUGAGAUUUGCAGGUCUCUGAGAAAAGUGUAUUAACUCUUGACAUUGCUAUUGGCAGGAAUCUGUGCUAAAUACCUGAUUGCUGUGUUGCCACCUAUUAAGUGAAAAGUCACUUAAGGGGGUGGCUAAUUAAAAAGGACACUUGUUCCUGCCUUUAGACUCAAACCUCAGAUGUUUCCCCACUGCUUACCCUUGAAAGUGAACCACUCCUUAGUGGGCUUGGAUACGUUUAGGGAGACAGAAGAGCAAGGUGGCUCUUAGGGAAGCUGUCUUUGGAAAGGACAUGUGCUGUGUUGCUAUCCUUAAGCAAUCUGAUUUCAGGAAAGCCAAAAGGAAGAAGAAAGAAGAGAGUGAGACACUGCCUCAAGUGUCUGAAGACAUCGAUUACGACAUUGCUGCUGAUUUAAAAGACUUGUUUGGACCUUCAAAGAACAAACCAGAAAACGCUGAGGACAUACCCUUGGGACAAAGAGGAUGCGCAGGACUCUGUCCCAGCUGACCAUCUGGGACCUUUGCCUGCGAACGACGUAGCUCAGGAGUCGAGUGCUUUCACUUUUCCUUCUUUGGAGACACACAGGAGUCGGGCAUGAAAGAAGAGCCUUACAUACUUGGACCAAUAAAACCGGUGAAAGUCACAUGGCAAGAGGAUCCACGUUUCCAAGACAGCAGUUCUGAGAGUGAUGAUGAGCCUGAACCAUCAGAAAUUGGAAAGGACCAAGAAAUGCAAGUUCCAUUUGUAUUUGUUCUCUCCUUGGUUGUCGUAGUUGGAUGCUGUGGGCAUAUUAAGAGCAGCACUCAGGAAACGGGAAACGGACAUUGCACACCUCUGAGCAGUGAAAGUCAUCUUGGAAAACCGUCUGUGCUGCACCGAGUCAAAACUCCCAGCAGCCCAUUUGAUGUGAAGCUGAAUAUGAAGAGAGAGAAGUUGAGCACAAGAAAUUAACUGGGUCGUUUUGGUUUGACCAAACCCAAACUGAGUUUGGCCAAAAGCCAAAGACACAGUCAGUUUUCUUUUAAAAAGUGGGGUUUUUAUAGAAGGCUCUGUUUGGUUACUGUGGAGUAAAGCUCUUCAAUGUUUACCAUUUCUCUGAAGCGCUGCAGCUCUAACUCGUGUUCAUGGAAUUUGAUAGUGCCUUUUAGGAUGCUAAAAUCCCUUUGUACUUGUCUAGGUUUCUUUCUUUACCACACACGGAAAGUGCUAGAGUCUUCUUCUUCUCCAAAGAUGAUGAACGCCUAAGAGAUAAUUGCCUAAUAGGUAUCUGGACUUUUGGAGCUUACCAAAAAAAUAGUCACUGGACAAGUUGCCUAGACAUUUCAGACCCUUUCAGGUAUGUAUAUCAUCUUUAACUUUUUCUUGUCUUUCUGCUGUUAUCAUUAAGAACGUUGAGUAUUCUUAUCAGCCACAUAUGCCCGUGGGGUUCUUUGUCCUCCUGAAUCUCGGUUUUUCUCUUCUGAAUCCAGUGAAUUUUGUACUAAAAACCAAGGAAAACAACAGUCAAAGAAAACAUACGCAGCCCUAAACAUUCCACAGGCCACCAAAACAAUGGCUUGUUACAUUUGAUAGAACACAGUUUUAGGACAGCCUUAAAGGAUGUUUGUUUCUUGAGACCUACUAGAUAACUGUGAUGCAACGAGCUGAUGUGUUCAUACAGUUACUGUCCUGCGUGCUUCCAGCCUGUCUGAUUUACAGCGCGUGUUAAAAUGGGGAUCUCAGUCGUCAGCAGCCAUCAGUUUUGGGGGGAGAUGUGGGAUCCUGGUGUUGAGCUUUUCCUGGAGCAGCUGCUAUUUCACUGCAAUCUAGAUUUCAGCAUGUUCAGGAAAACUGCUGCUGCCUUUCAUUUCUCGCAGUACACGCGGCUGUAACACCGAACAUUUCUGUCGGAGCUCACGUGUGGUGGUGGGGGGAAGCGAAUGGGAAGGAUGUGGAGAAUAGAGCUGCUGACUUUACUGCUGUGUUGCUCAUGAGUGAUCCAAGCAGCAGCAUCAUCAGAAGUGUUUAACCCUUAUAAUUGGUUCUUUGUUUUGUGCAGAGGGCCCAAAGUUAUUUUGUAGAUCAGUAGAGCUCAGUGAAGAAAAAGAGGGUUGGGAAGACAGACGUAGAUUAUUGCUUGAGGUGAGUAUGAAACGUCUGUUCCCUGGUAACUGUGGCUGAAAGCUGAGCACGAGGAGGGAAGAGGGCUAUGAAUCUGCAUGAGAAAUUAAUUCAGGACCUCAACAAGAGCCUGAAACUUUGUAAUUACCAGAGAACAAAAGUGGUUUAGUAUACUGGUGUGUAUAACAUCAGGUUGUGAUGUCACUCAGGUAAACCACUAAAUCUCUGCACGUUACGGGACAGGACCAGAGACUUAACUGUACAUAGAGAAAGUGUUCAAGAGAAACAGUGAGUUCAGAGACUUCUCCUAAUAGUGGAUUCAGAAACUUCUCCUAAUAAUACGUUGGAUUUUCACCAUUUUCUGGAAUGCCGAAGGAAGCAUAAGGACGCCAAAAGAAAAGUGAAAGCAAACCAAUAAAUCUUCUUUUACUGAUGAGAAGCGUGUCAUGUUUCUUCCUUGAAGAAGUUGCAAACCAAUGUUACUUUGGAAAUCCUUUCCAAGAUCUAAUAGGAAAAACUUUUGGCCAAAACUGUCAGCCUGUGUUUCUGAAUAGGAAUACGUGUCCUGUGUCAAUUCAAGAGGGAGAGGACGAGCGCCUGGAGAAGGUCGCGGUGUUCCUGCACGGGGACUCAUCGCAGACCAGAACCAUGGCAGAAGGGAAGCAGGAGGCCUCUGAUGCCAGGGAGCCAGCAUGCCUGCUGUGCCGCCGUGCAGAGGCUGACCCGGACAUCUGCGGCGACAAACAGGAGAAGCACGGGCUCUGUGCCCACAUCUUCUGCCUGAAUUUCGCCAGCCUCAUUUUUCGACAAGACGAUGAUCAGACCGGAUUCACGGGCUAUCGCCCUCGCGAUAUCCAACUUGCAGUCAGCCGGGCAGCUCAGGAGCACUGCUGCGUCUGUGGGGAGACUGGGGCCACCAUCAUGUGCUGUCAGGAAGACUGCGACAGAUGGUUCCACCUGCCCUGUGCCAAGGAGGGUCACUGUGUGACUCAGUACAUAACCCCAUACAGGUCCUUCUGCCCUGAGCACUGCCCAGAACAGGAUGUGAGGGCGAUUCCGGAGCCAGGCACCGAAUGCCCCAUCUGCAUGGAGCCUGUGGAGGAGAGAAAGAGCUACACAACACUGGUGUGCCCAGCGUGCAAAAAGGCCUGGUUCCACAGGGACUGCAUCCAGGGACAGGCCUUGCGCGCUGGUGCAUUGUACUUCCAGUGCCCCCUCUGCAGAGACGAUGAUGAGUUUGCUGUCCAAAUGUUCGUCAUGGGGAUCCGAAUCCCCUUCAGACAGCCAACAUGGGAGGACAACGAUGCCUUUGCAGAAUUAGGAGAGAGGCACAGCUGGUGCAAUGCCAGGAAGUGCCUUUAUCCAGGAGGCAGGGAGGAGGCAGAGGAAGAGGGGCCCUGGGAACUGCUCCUGUGCUCCUCCUGUGCUGCUGAGGGCACCCACAGGCGCUGCUCUGGCCUCACAAGCAACACUCCCAGCUGGGAGUGCGACAGCUGUGCUGGUCUGGGCACAGCCCCCAGGGAUGAGCCGGAGCUCAAUGCCCCCAGGGAUGAGCCUGAGCUCAAUGCCCCCAGGGAUGAGCCGGAGCUCAAUGUCCCCAGCCUGGCCGGACAGUCAGGAUUGGAGCCUUCUCAUGGAUUGGAGCCUUCCCAUAGCUCUGCACAAUCCGAGGCCAUCAGCCCCAACUCUGGCAUCCUGGCACCAUCGGGUGUGCCUCCCCUGUCUCCGUCUCCAGAGACCAGCAAACACAGCAGCGUCCAACAUGCACCAAUGAGGCAGCUGCUGCAAUCUUCCUCGCUGGAGAGCAGCAGCCCCUGCACGGAGAGUGAGGUGACAUCAAGGUCAUCAGACACCAGCCAUUCCAGAGGCUCUGGGUCUGACCGCAGGCAAAAUCGCUCUCGCCGGCAAAGUUGGGCCUCAAAUCCACCUGUCCGGUCGAGGAGUCGCCGUGACAGGAGCCAGAGGACAGGACCAAGGGCUGAGAGGCCCAGGCACAGAAGGACACCAUCAGAGACAUCCCCCAGACGCAGCCGCUCGCGCCAGCAACGUCGGGCCUCAAAUCCACCUGUCCGGUCGCGGAGUCGCCGUGACAGGAGCCAGAGGACAGCACCAAGGGCUGAGACGCCCAGGCCGAGGGAGACAACAUCAGGGACAUCCACCAGGAGCAACCGCUCCCGCCGGCGACGUCAGGCCUCAAAUCCACCUCUCCAGUCGAGGAGUCGCCGUGACAGGAGCCGCAGGACAGCAGCAACUGCUGAGAGGCCCAGGCCGAGGGAGACACCAUCAGAGACAUCCCCCAGACGCAGCCGCACCCGCCAGCGACGUCGCGCCUCAAAUCCACCUGUCCGGUCGAGGAGUCGCCGUGACAGGAGCCGCAGCACAGCAGCAACUGCUGAGAGGCCCAGGCGUAGGGUGACAUUGCCGGGGACAUCCACCAGGAGCAACCGCUCCCGCCAGCGACGUCAGGCCUCAACUCAGGCCUUGAAAAUCAGCAUGUAG